AUGCGGCUGUUCCCUGGAUGGCUGGCCCUGCUCCUCAUUCCCUGGUUCCUGCGGAAGGCCUCCAGUGCACAAAUCCCGGUGUCCCGGACCCCGCGUUACCUGGAGCUGCGCCCUGCUGGGGCUGGAGCGAGCUCCCCAGGCCGCCUCUUUCCGGCCCCACGUUCCUCUGAAGGCUAUGGCGCAGCCGACACCUGGAACUGGGCCUGGCCAACCAACUACACCGGGGCUGGGGGACCUGGAGGGGCUGGAGCCGGCUUAGCACCCCCAGCACAACGCACCAAAAGGAAGCCUUCGGUCAAAGCAGCCAGGGCGAAGAAGAUCUUCGGUUGGGGAGACUUCUAUUUCCGGGUGCAUACCCUCAAGUUCUCCCUGCUGGUGACUGGCAAGAUCGUGGACCACGUCAACGGCACUUUCAGCGUUUACUUCCGGCACAAUUCCUCCAGCCUGGGCAACCUAAGCGUCAGUAUAGUGCCUCCGUCAAAGCUUGUAGAGUUUGGGGGUGUUCUGCUUACUGGGCCGUCACCUCACCCUCUGCAGUCCACUCUGGCCUUGGAGGGAGCCGCCCUCUCUGGGCUGGGGUCUCCCUUGGGGGUACCUUCGGGGGGAUCACUAGGGAUGCCGUCGGGGGGAACUCUGGGGGGUGCCCUAGGGGGCGCGCUCGCAGGUCCCCUUGGAGGAGCACUAGGGGUCCCCGGGGCUAAGGAGUCUCGGGCCUUCAACUGCCACGUGGAGUAUGAGAAGACAAAUCGAGCUCGGAAGCACCGCCCUUGUCUGUACGACCCUUCGCAGGUGUGUUUCACAGAGCACACUCAGAGCCAGGCCGCGUGGCUCUGCGCCAAGCCCUUCAAAGUCAUCUGCAUCUUCGUCUCCUUCCUCAGCUUUGACUACAAACUGGUGCAGAAGGUGUGCCCGGACUACAACUUCCAGAGCGAGCACCCCUACUUCGGAUAG